GGAAAGGACGGAGAAAAGAAAUGACCGGGGAAAGAAAGACUGUUGUGUUUAAAUAAAACAAGAAGGAUAAGAGAGAAGCACCUUCUUCUUCUUUGUAACAACAAUUUCACAUUCAAUUUCUUCCAAUUCGCGUUAGUUAACCCACUCGCUCUAAUCCCCUCUCUGCACUCGUUGUUGAUCGGUGAAGUUGGUGAGAGACAAAUCUUGAAGAGUUUUGGAUCUGUUUCCGGGGAAACCCUAGUUUUCUGCCGUGAGUAUUUGGAAAUUGGGAUUCUGUGGAAAUGCAAGCUGAGGAUGGAACUAGCAAUGGUGAUAAGUGGGCUGUGUUGGGUAGGAGGUCAGACUCUGAAGAUAGAGAUUACGGGGGUAGAAAUCUAGGUAGAAACAAUGUUGCUGGAGGUGAAGAAGAUCGGGGCUUGAAGGAUGAAUCUUUAAAGGAUGGGGUUGUGGUUGAAGGUGAAGAAGUUCGGGGUUUGAAGAAGGAAUCUGUUGAUAGUAGGGUGACGAGUAAAGGUGGGAAUGGUAUUGCUGAAGGUGAAGAAGUGCGGGUCUUGAAGCGUGAAGCUAUAAAUAAUGGGGUGACGCACGAAGGAGGAAAUGGUGUUGCAAAUAGGAAAGAAGUUUUGGGUUUGAAGAAUGGAACUGUAAAUACCGGGUUAACAGUUGUGGGGGUCAAUGGUGUUGCUGAAGGUGAAGAAAAAGUUCAGGACUUGAGUAAUGAAACUGUAAAUAAUGGAAUGGUACUUGAGGUUGGAAAUGGUGUUGCUGAAAGCGAAGAGGUUUUGGGCUCAAAGAAGGAAGUUAUAAAUAAUGGAGUGGCAAUUGCUGAUGGGAAUGUUGUUGCUUACAGUGGAGAAGAUCUGGGCUCAAAGGAUGAAGCUGUAAACAAUGAGGUGGCAAUUGCAGAUGGGAGUGGUGUUACUCCAGUUGAACAUGAUCGCUUGAAGAAUGAAACUGUAGAUCAUGUAGAAGUACUUACAAAUGGAUUUGGUGUUGUAGAAGGGAAGUCUGGUGCAGUUGAAUGUUUUCGAACAUAUAAGAGGCGCAAGCAUGUAAAAUGUGCUUCAGAAUUUAAAGUUCAGGAGAACAGCAGAAAGCAUUUGGAAGUGGAAACUCUUAAAAUUGACAGUAAUGGUCAAGAACGCUCUUUGGAUUUAGAUUGUUUGCUUUACAGAUUACAGAGUGAAGCUAAUGGGCAAGAAAAUGCUGUGCAUAAUGGAUUUUGUACUGAGCCUGAUGGCCAUGGUGCAACUGAAAGGUGUCAGCGAUUGUUCUGCGAUAUCUUAGCCUCCGAAGAGUUCAGUUCAUUAUGUAAAGUACUGCUUGAAAAUUUCCAAGAAAUGAAACCUGAAACUAUAUUUGACUUUAGCCUGAUAAACUCAAGGAUGAAGGAACAAGCUUAUGAGCAAACACCUACACUUUUCUUAUCUGAUCUUCAACAGGUUUGGCAGAAGCUUCAAAAUACUGGCCAUCAGAUUGUUGCUAUAGCCAGGAGCCUCUCCAACUUGUCAAAAGCUUCCUUCUGUGAGCGGGUUGUGAUUUCAACGCCCAGAUCCUUCGAAGACGGAAAACAAGUGGAAUCAAUCUCUCACAUGAAGCCGGAGCGGAGAGUAGAAUGUGUUACAUUAAAAAUUGGCAGUUGCAGGCAUUGUGGAGACAAAGCAGAAGGUGUAGACUGUUUGGUUUGUGAUUCAUGUGAAGAGAUGUAUCAUCUGUCUUGUAUUGAGCCUGCUGUAGAAGAAAUACCCCCUAAAAGCUGGUUCUGUGCCAAUUGUACUGCCAGUGGAAUUGGAUGUCAACAUGAGAACUGUGUGGUGUGUGAACGGUUGAAUGUCCCAAAGAAACUGGACGACAAUGACGUCAAGGAAAUCAUCCCUACAAAAGAGGAAAAACUGAAUGAAUUGGAGGAGAAUUCAAUCUGUACUUGUGAUGGGAUUCCAGUUUCCGCUGGGCCGAGACAUCUAUCUGUCUGCAAAAUUUGUAAAAUAGUGGUGCAGCGUGGAAAAAUAAAAAUCUGUGGUCACUUAUUUUGCCCCAGUAAGUACUACCAUGUAAGGUGUUUGUCUAGUAAGCAGCUUAGGACUUACGGUCACUGUUGGUAUUGCCCUUCUUGUAUAUGCCAAGUCUGCUUCACUGACAAAGAUGAUGAUAAGAUUGUUCUCUGUGAUGGCUGUGAUCAUGCAUACCAUAUGUACUGUUUGAAACCUCCGCUGAAUUUGAUUCCUGUGGGGAAAUGGUUCUGCAUAAAAUGUGAUGCAGGGAUACUAGCAAUACGCAAGGCAAGAAAGGCAUACGAGAGCAAGAAAGGGAAAAUUGGACAGAAGGAUUUAAAGCCAAAUGAAGACAUUGACAAGAAAUGGAACAGAAAACGUGAACGGGAAUCUGAUAAAGUUGGAGGAAUGGAGAUGCUUAUAACUGCAGCAAAUACUCUGAAUUCUGAAGAGAAAAUGAAUGCAAUCCAGAUUGAGUCAGAGAGAACAUUAAAAUAAGGGCGUAUGUGCUAACUGCUAAUACCUAAUGUUUUCUAUUUCCUGCAUUUGUUUUAGAUAACUGAUUUUGUUAGGCUGUAAAACUACGAUAGAUUUUUGCUGACUUUUGGAUACAUGCCGUUUUUGGUGAGAAAGGAUUUUAGAGGCCAAAGAGCAUAGAGCAUCAAUAGAAACUGUGAUACAUGAAGUCUUGGUCCUUUUGCAGGUCGUAUAGCAUUGUAAUAUAUGUGAUUGAUAUGAAAAUUAAUUGGCUACUUUGCUCCAUGCAGAA